AUGCCCAAGAGUAAAUUUGCGAGUACAAUGAAAAAUCGAGUGAAAUUAGAAAAUGAUAUUAAACAGAAAUUUCCGGUUAAUCAAUUAUGGGAUUGGCAAUCGAAACAAACACACCGACCAGUCUUUGUUCUGCACGAUGGUCCACCGUACGCGAAUGGCCCUCUUCAUCUAGGACACUUCUUAAACAAAAUUCAAAAAGAUAUCAUUGUUCGAUAUAAACUAUUAGCAGGGCAUCGGAUCGAUUUUCGGCUUGGUUGGGAUUGUCAUGGUUUACCAAUUGAAUUAAAGGCUCUACAAAAGAAUAAAACGAAAUCGACGAGUGAAGAUCCUUUAACUAUCCGGCGACUCGCGCGUCAGUUUGCUUCCGAGACAUUAGAAAAACAGAAAGCCGAGCUCCAAUCCUGGGGCAUACUUGCUGAUUGGAGCAAUUGUUAUAAAACAUUUGAUAAGGGAUAUAUUAUCGAUCAAAUUAAACUGUUUUGGAUACUUUAUCAAAAGGGUUUGCUCUACCGACAAUACAAACCAGUCAAUUGGUCACCAACAGUGCAAUCUGCAUUAGCGGAAUCGGAAUUAGAGUAUAACAACAAACAUCAAAGCACGGCUAUCUAUGUCCGAUUUCGUUUGAAAAAUGAUGAUUCAUUGUCCCGACUAUUACCUCAAACCAGCCUAGAGAAUGUCUAUGCUUUAAUAUGGACAACAACACCCUGGUCAUUGGUUGGCAAUCAAGCUGUAGCUGUCAAUGAGAAUUUCAAAUAUCUGUUUGUAACGUUCCCUUCAACGAAUGACACAUACAUCAUUGCCGAACCAUUGUUAAGCAAUAUCAAACAGUAUCCACCGUUUUCAAAUGAACAGUUCGAAAUCAUCGGAGAUUGCCUCGGUUCUCAAUUAACGAAAGUGAAAUAUUAUCAUCCAAUUUAUCAAGAUCAAGUGACAACGUAUCCGAUUGUGAUCAGUGAUCAUGUAACGAGUGAAUUAGGUACCGGUCUUGUUCAUAUUGCACCCGCACAUGGUGCCGAUGAUUUUCUUCUCUCAAUAAAACAUAAUCUUCAAUGUGUCAACGCUGUGAAUCUAACUGGUCAUCUACAUUGUCCGACUAUUGAAUCUCUUCACAAUCGCAAUGCACUAGAUCCAAACGACGGAAUUCAGUCGAUUUUAAAACAUUUGAAUUCAAAUGUUUUACAUCAUUAUCAAUUGACGCAUUCGUAUCCUUACGAUUGGCGAGAAAAGAAACCAGUUCUGAUCUUAGGCAGUCAACAGUGGUUUAUCGACACUACACGUUUACGUGAUAGGGCAUGCAACGUCAUAUCUGAUGAAGUGAAAAUUUAUCCUGAAGGCGGUGGGAAAAGUUUCCUUUCAAUGACAGCGAGACGUCCUUAUUGGUGUAUAUCACGGCAACGCUGUUGGGGUGUACCCAUUCCUGUGUUUUAUUCAAAAGACGAAAAGAAUGAACUUGUUGUCAACGAAGAUAUCAUUGAACAUUUGAUUAAAUGUGUUCAAGAGAAAGGUUCGAUUGAUUUCUGGUGGUCAGCGGACGAUAUCAAAGAUUUACUACCGAAAUCAAUGCAUGAUCAAGCAGAAAAUCUCGUUCGUGCAAAUGAUAUUUUCGACGUUUGGUUUGAUAGUGGUUCAUCGUUCUAUUCACUACUCAAAGAUUUCAAUUAUCAAGCGGAUUUGUACUGUGAAGGCCAUGAUCAAUUCAAUGGUUGGUUUUUAUCGUCACUAUUGCUAUCGACAGGUUUUCAAUCACGCGCACCGUUUUCUAACAUAUUUGUUCAUGGUUUCGUCGUGGAUAAAAACAAUCAAAAAAUGUCGAAAUCGAUCGGUAAUGUUAUUGAACCUUCGCACAUGAUCUAUGGUGGUGGGAAAGAAAGAUUUUUGGAGAAUGGUUUUGAUGUUUGUCGAGAAUGGGUGACAAGAGAAAGUUAUAAACAACAAUGUAAAGCGAGUGCCGAAGAUCUAGGCAAAGCUUACAAACGAGUAUAUGAAAUACGAAAUGUGCUGAAAUUUUUGUUGGGAAACUUAUACGAUUAUCAAGUAGACAAACAUUCGGUAGCUGUGGAGAAUUUAACAGCAGUUGAUCAAUAUAUGGCGUAUCGGUUGCACCAGGUUUUGACAACUUUUCAUAACGAUUUUGAUCGAUAUCGAAUGUAUCAUGGAUUGAUUACAGCUGAAACAUUCAUUCAAACUGAUGUAUCAAGUUUUUAUUGUUCAGUAACGAAAGAUCGGCUUUAUUGCAACCCACCAGAUUCUCAUCUUCGUCGAUCAACACAAACAGUAUUUCAUCUAUUACUUAAAUGUCUAAAUGAACGUUUAGCACCAGUGAUGCCCUAUCUGGCUCAAGAGUUACAUAACGAAUUGAGCGUACUAAACCAUAAAGAGAAGAAAAUCAAUGAUAUUUUCGAGAACGAGUUCACCUUCUUGGAAAGAGCAUUCACGGAUAUUUCAUCAGAAUUAGCAUCGACAAUGGUAAUUGUAUUUCAUUUACGCGACACGUUCCAUAAAAUGUUGCAAAAUCGACGAGCAAUUCUAUGUGAUAUUGUUCUCUAUUUGAGUGAUAAAGCAAAAGUUCAGUUAAAACAAGUGAUAGACGUUCUUGGCAGACAUCCAUCCACGGUUGAAAUGAAAAUUUGGCAACCCUUAGAAGAACUUCUUCAAUGUUCUCGUGUCCAACAACGAUCUUUAUCUGAUUUGGAGACUGAUUUAACAGAAGAGAACAUUUCUAGUGUUGACUUACCACUCAUAGAUGAUAAAUUUAAUUAUGUAAUGAAAAUUGAACAUUCUUCAUUACAUUCUUGUCCUCGUUGUCGUUUACAAAUAUCCGAAAUGGAAGAUAAAUUAUGCUCUCGAUGUUCUUUCCAUUUACAAAAUUCCUAG